UACGUAUCCCCGUGACGUGUCACCGGGAGAAACAUUACUUAAGCAACUUUUUAUCGGUAACGUCACGUUGUGAAGUCUCCGGAGCAUCACAUAAACACGACGAGGGGAAAGAAGUAAACAUAUGGCUCUCAGAAGUGCUGUCGCCCGUCUGCUCUCCAGCAGCCAAAAAUGCGCUGCUGUCACAGCGUCCAGAGCCCAGGGCACAGCUGCUGCGGCUCACAAAGAUGCUGAAGAAGUCAAGAAGCCAGCGAAGGCAGCCAAGGUGUCAUUCAACUGGCGGGACGCUCUGGAUCUGGAGGGUCAGCUGACAGAGGAGGAGAUCAUGAUCCGGGACUCCUUCCGCAACUACUGCCAGGAAAAACUCAUGCCCCGCAUCGUCAUGGCCAACAGACAUGAACAUUUCCACCGUGAGAUAGUCUCAGAGAUGGGAGAGUUGGGCGUCCUAGGCCCAACUAUUAAAGGGUACGGCUGUGCUGGCACUAGUUAUGUGGCGUACGGUUUGAUUGCCAGAGAAGUCGAGAGAGUGGACAGUGGGUAUCGAUCAGUCAUGAGUGUCCAGUCUUCACUGGUCAUGCACCCAAUCAAUGCUUACGGCACAGACGCUCAGAAAGAGAAGUACCUGCCAAGGCUUGCUCGUGGAGAAAUCCUGGGCUGCUUUGGCUUGACAGAGCCCAACCAUGGCAGUGAUCCCAGCAGUAUGGAGACCAAGGCCAAGUACAACCCAUCCAGUGGUAGCUUCACCAUCAGCGGAUCCAAGACCUGGAUCACGAAUUCCCCUGUGGCAGACAUUGCAGUGGUCUGGGCCAAGUGUGAGGAUGGCAGGGUUAGGGGUUUCAUCUUGGAGCGUGGAAUGAAGGGCUUUGCCACCCCAAAGAUUGAGGGCAAGUUCUCACUGAGGGCGUCCGCCACUGGCAUGAUCCUGAUGGAUGAAGUGGAAGUUCCCCAGGAGAACCUGCUGCCCAACGUCUCUGGUCUGGCUGGUCCCUUUGGCUGUCUCAACAACGCCCGGUAUGGCAUUGCCUGGGGAGCUCUGGGAGCUGCAGAAUUCUGCUUUCAUGCUGCCCGACAGUACACUCUGGACAGAAUCCAGUUUGGGGUGCCACUGGCCAGGAACCAGCUGAUGCAGAAGAAGAUGGCUGACAUGCUGACAGAGAUCACUAUUGGUCUACAGUCAUGUCUGGCCUUGGGAAGACUCAUUGAUGAGAAGAAAGCAGCGCCAGAGAUGAUCUCCAUGCUAAAGAGGAAUAGCUGUGGCAAGGCUUUGGAUAUUGCCAGACAAGCCAGAGACAUGUUGGGAGGAAAUGGCAUCGCAGAUGAGUACCACAUUAUCCGUCACGUCAUGAACCUGGAGGCUGUCAACACAUACGAGGGAACUCAUGAUAUUCAUGCUUUGAUCCUGGGCAGAGCCAUCACUGGACUGCAGUCUUUCACUGUUGGAAAGUAAAGCUUUUCCACUGUCUUCUUGAAAUGGACUUCAUGUGGAAUAAUACCAGGGCCCUCUGAGAAACAGGGCCUCACUGGGCAAAAUUAUAUAUGUUGAAACAUGAGGUGCGAUUCAUUCACCUCACAUGGGGAUAACUUUGCCUUUUGGGACACCACGAUCACAAAUACCUCAUCACAUUUAUGGUAUACAAACAACUGAGGGAAACCACCUAUUACUGCCUCUUUCUGUAAUCUGAAUAUGUAACAACAACCAAACAAAGCAUUGGGUCAAACUGAGAUAUGAGACAUUUGUACAGUUAAAAUGCCUGAAAGACACUUCAGGAAUUUAUAGGGUUAAUGCAUGUAAAUGCUGUGGCAUUAUGAGUCGGUUUAUUGUUAUUCUAAUUGAAUAGUAUGGAAAUAAUUGAUUUUGAUUGAGUGGGAAGAUAUAGACAAGUGUAGCUGAGAUGCUGUAUGUACAAAACCCCUUAAUACCCUGUAAUCUAAUUAACUUCUCAUCUGUUCUUAAGAUUGUGACGGUGUUAUGUUGGUUACUAGCAGUCUAAAGAGUGGCAUAUCGGUACUGACGCAUCUCUGGUGUAGUGGAAUAUGAAAGUACUUAAGACACAAUGGGGCAUAAUAAUAGGUAACAAGUAAAAAAUGUUAACACCACAGAGCCAAAUAAUUUGGUUUAUUGUGUUCUUGUUAUUUGUAGUUUUAUUUAUUGAAUAAACAGAUACU